AAGAAUAGAGUAAUAGGUGACAAAUGGCCCAUGAAUUGGCAAGGGUUGAACCUCAUAUCUCAUUAUUCACCAAGGUGACAGACAAUGUAGUUGUCAAGAAGUUGAAAACAUUAGAUAUGACCCAACUUGUUCCUAAGCUUCCUUUAUUUCCUUCUCCAUGGAAAUUACCAACAACAACUAGCAUAAGGGUUUUAAAGUUUUGUUUAACUACCUUCUUAGAUGACUUAGUUGAUCUUAAGUUUGUGAUCUAGCCUGGCACAUGGCUUUAAUGACAGUUGCCAACUUUCUUUUCAUCUACCAAAUGUUUACUCGUUUAUAAAGGUAUCUUUGAAUAGGGACAACAGCUAGGUGAAAGCAAACGCUUAAAUGAUUCAGAGCUCACUUCUUCAUGCACUGAUAUUCUACAAUAAAGAAGAUCAGACUUUGGACUGUUAGUCCUUUUCCUUAUAAACCAGAAAAAUCCAGCGUGGACUUGGAUUCCAACUUUCCAAGGUUAGUAUCCAAUUCCAAGUCCAGUGUAUUAAGCAUUCGCUGGCCUCAGUUGGAGCUUUUAGGGCCUAACAAAUUUAUAAAGCAAAGUUGAUUCUUUGCUUAAACUUGCUGCAAGGAAUGGGAAACGAAGAAGACUGGAUUCCAUUAGUUUAGUUGUGAUUUUUUGAUACCUUUCUUUACAACAACUUGCCAAAGCAAUUGAGUAAGAAUCCGAAUUUCCGCGUGCAGUGCUCUGUCAUGGGAAUCACUUAAUCCUGUUGCACAAGCAAGGAUUUUACAGUUAAAUCAUUGGAACAAUAUGAUGAGAAGGCUACUACAAAACAAUUGUGCAAUCAUAAAACAGAAAGAAACAAUUUACUGCUACAACUUAAGAGAUAGAGUGAGAGAAGAGAACUCAUAAACCUGUGUCAUCAAAACAUACAGAUUUUUUUCAGGAUUUACAUGGCUUGGUCUGCUGUGUCUUCUGCUGUCACAACAAUUGCCGAGCUGCUAAGUCAAGAAGCAAUAUACCUAUGGGGCGUGAAGGAGCAAGUUGAUCGUUUGCAAAAGGAGCUGAGAUGGAUGCAAAGCUUCUUAAUAGAUGCAGAUGCAAGACAAGGUGAGAGUGACAGGGUACGUCUUUGGGUUGCUGAAAUCAGAGAACUUGCUUAUGAUGCCGAGGAUGUUGUCGAGACUUUUGCUCUGAAGAUUGGGUCCAAAAGGAAAGGAGGUUUUUCGAAUGUCGUCAAACGAUCUGCUUGCAUCUUGAAGGAGGGAUGGAUGCUCCACAAAACCAGGUCAAACAUCGAGGAAAUCAUGUCAAGCAUUUCUGAGUUGACGCGACAACUGCAGACAUAUGGCAUAAAAGAGUCAAGGAUGGAGAAGAGUCAACUUCUCUUACGAAAGGCGUGAGUUAAGCGGUCUUAUCCUCAUAUUAGAGAUAAUAUUGUUGGAUUGGAUGAUGAAACUAAGAGAUUGGUCUCGGUUCUUGUUGAUGAGGAAAGUCAUAGCCGAGUAGUGUCUAUAUGUGGAAUGGGUGGUCUGGGGAAGACCACUCUGGCUAAAAAGGUUUACCGUCAUAGCCAGAUCAGAAGUCAUUUUCAUCACUUGGCUUGGGAUAGGAAAAAGCAGGAUCAAGAGUUAGCAGAGAAGUUGUUUAAUUUCUUGAAGAAUGAAAAAUGUUUGGUGGUACUUGAUGAU